CCUUUGAGUUCACGCUGGAGAUUCAGACAACUAAAGAGUGACGGCUCAGUUUAAAACCUUCAGAAACCCGUCAACUAAAUAACCAGACCUGGGAGACGAGACAAACAUAACAGGAUCCAAGCGCUUUCACAGCUUUUAUAAGAAAGUCAUAAGGAUCUGACGGUGGCUGGACGAUCUUAUAACGUUAUCCUCAUCGGUCGCUAUGGAAACUAAGCUAACAAAAGUCGUCCAGUCUUUGUGAAACAUUUAAUGGGCAUGCACUUAAAUGUUUCAUACUUAUUAAAACACUGUAGUUAUUAGAUGACUGUAGUUCGUUGCAUUUGUCAGAUUUGGCCUUGGCAUUGUAAUUUUAACAUUAAGCAAAAUGCACUAGUAUGUUAGCAGCUACGCUUUAGAAGUCGAAAUGGUGUAGAGUUCAUCUAAUGGUAUUUGCUGACAUCGGGUAAUGUUAAUAUCCCAUGAGAAUAAAAUGAAAAGAGCGGAUCAGAUGCGCAAACGAUCACCAGCAGCGGGAUCCAAAUGUUUCAAGAGCAUCCAGAGCGAAACCGUGUCUCCAAACGCCAUCUCGUGGUCCACGACUGAGGACGGGGGUCUUCGGGAAGAACCCAGUGAUGAUGAUCUACUCAUAGAAAAAAGGCAAUGUAAGGGGACGAGAUACAUCACAGAAGACCUGAUCAGGAGAUUGACUAAAUGUGACAAUGUAGUCCUUGCGCGGACCCUGGAUUUGAGUACAUCUACAGGAAGUGACAAACAAUUUAGGUAUAUUGAAAACUUGGAUAAGUGUGAGCGCUUACACGUUCUCAACCUGAGUAACAACAGGAUCGAGAGAAUCGAGAAACUAGAGAAGCUAUGUCAAUUACAGGAACUACACCUUUCCAGUAACAGGAUACGAAAAAUUGAAGGUCUAGAGCACAUGACAAAUCUUCAGGUUCUGAACUUGGCCUUCAACAACAUUGAACAUCUUCCCGUUUGGAUGGCAAAAAAGCUUAGAUCUCUCCGUACCAUAAAUCUACAGAGAAACAAGAUAUUCUCACUUCAUGAGAUAACUAAACUGAAGCCCCUGAAGAACCUGACGAGUCUGUCAUUAGCAGAGAACCCCAUCUCCAGCCUGCCCCAUUAUCACCUCUUCCUAAUCUUCCACCUGAGGUCACUGGAAAUGUUGGAUGGGCAACCAAUCAGUCAACAGGAAAGAGAGCAAUCGCAUCAGCGCUUUCACAUGGAAGAAGUGGAGCGUUUGGAGCAAGAGCUGGAGUUGAGAGCUGAAGAGAUCACGCAGCUUCAGAGAGAGCGGACCACAGCACUGGAAGAGCUAGAGCGGCAGGAAACGGUCAACCAAAACCUCAGACAACGGCAUCAGGAACAACAACGGAGCCAUGAGGAACUCCAGAGAGAGCUUGACACCAAAUCUGAACUGACAGUUUCCUGUUCAGCUCUCUCUUCUCACUCCUUACUUUUGUCACCUGCUCUAAAGUCUCAGCUUCCACAUCCUACUCCCCUGCUGGAUUCUUUCUGUCAGCUAAAGCAGAAAACAGUGGAGUUGACCCGGGCCUGUCAGAAACACUAUGAGCUUGAGCAGGAGUUGGCUUUUCACAAAAUAGAUGUCAAGUUUGAACCUCUUCCGUUUUAUCCAGAUCCUGAGGUGGAGGUAGAGAAGAUUUCUAGCGAGAGUCCAUACAUAGGAAAGUCGCGUCAGAAAAGGAACAUCACAUUUCCCUCAGAGACUGAUAGCGUGGGUGCAGAAAACCAGCAGCAGCCUGCCUCAGCGGACCUGACUGAGACAGACAGCCCAGGAGAACGUGACAUGUCCAGACACGCUCAGCUUAGAGCUGAGGAGCGAUUACAACAGUUGCAUAAAGAAAUUACAGCAAAAGAGCAGCAGAUCCUUAAAGCCAGUGAAGAGCUACAGCAGCUAGAGGAGGCAGUUUCUCAGAGACGGAUCUGUGAGGCUGAGAAGGAUCAGCUCAGGCAUGAGCUUCAGAGGAGGAUACAGAGGCUGGGAGAGAUGAGAGGAGAGAUGGAGGCUAUGGAGAGGCAGCUGGACAGGCUGAAUGAUGAGAGGAACCAAGCCCAGGAGGAAAUAGACCAGCUGCAGAAUCUACUGUACAGCCUGGAUCCCAGUGACCCCAGACAUGCCCAUGUAAAGGCUCAGUUGUCCAAGAAGACACAGCUGCUGGCCAUCAUGAGCAGAAAGCACCAGGAACUGGAGAACAGGCUGGAUGACAUGAUCACACGCAUCCACAAGGAGACACAGGAGAUCAAAGAACUAGAGCAACAACUUACUGAUGGUCAGAUCGCUGCUAAUGAAGCACUCAAGCGAGACCUGGAGGGCAUCAUUGCAGGUCUCCAGGAGUAUCUGCAGGGGGUGAAAGACCAAGCACGAAGAUCCCUGUUAGAUUGCAGGCGUCUGCAGAAGGAGAAAGACGCUCUACAACACCUUCUGUGUGAGAAGGAGCAGCAAUGCACACAGCUGCAGAAAGAAGCUCAGAGUGUUAAAAGCGCACAGGAGGAGCUGCAGCAUCAGCAGCAGGAAUUGGAGGAUCUGAGGAAGGAGAAUGAAGAGCUGAAGCAGACUCAGGGGCAGGUCAGUGAAUAUGAGGCAGAGCUGGAGACUCAACUGCAGGAGAGAGUUACUGAAGCUACACAACUGAAGGAGGAGCUGGGCAGACUGCGUCGACUCAGUCAAAUGGAGCAUUCUGCACUGCAGGCAGAGUUGCAGAAAGAAAGACAAGCAAAAGAGAACGCUUUGGCACAGAUGCAGAUGACUGCUGACAGAGAGCUAGAGAACACAGACCUUCUGCAACAGGUCAACACUCUCCAGGAGGAAAGAGACAGUCUUAAGGAGAAGGUGGAUGCUCUUCAGUGUGAUUUGGAGCAGGUUAGGGAGGAGCUGCUUUGCCCAGAAAGUAUCGCUAAAUAUUUAAGAGAGCUGAGAAGAGGCAUAGCUACGGGACAAGAGAUACUAAGGUAUUAUAGCUUUGAAGACCUUGGAGAACCAGUGAAUAAGAAAUUCAUUGAGCUACAACAGGAGGUGCAUCAUGUUGUUUCUGCUGCUCAGAGAGAUAGAGACGAGGCCCAGCGCCGUGAGGAGAGACUUGUUGGAGAGAUGAGUUCGCUCAGAGAGAGACUCAAGAAGUACCAAGAAAGAUACCAGGUUCAGCAGGCAGCGGAGAGACGGGCCGAGGAGGCGGAGCUCCAUAGAUUGAGAAAGGAGCUAGAAGAUGCUCAUGAGCAGCAGUACUUGAUGCUGCAGCGUUUAGAGGAGACAGAAAUGGACAGGGACCGUCUUCUUGCAGAAUUAGAAGAACAAGAUAAACAGGUAAAAUCCGAAGAGAGCCAGACUCAAGAGCAGCUAGAAUCUCUCAGUCUGGAGUUACAGGCACUCAGAAGAUCAUUUUCCUCCGCUGACAGGAUGGCUGCCCAACAACUGACUGCAGCAAAGGACAAAAUUCACUCUCUUCAUAGCACUAUAGAGAAAAUUCAUCAGGAGAGAGCAGCGAAUGCAGAGGAGUUACAAAGCACCAGGAUUCAGGCUUCCCAGGCCAUUCAGGACUUGGCUAAUGCUGAAGAAGAAAUCGAGGUUCUCCAGAAGCUUUUGAGAGAUAGGGUUCAUGAGACAGAUGGGAAUAUUCACAGUGGAACAAACUCUAGUAUUCAACAGCAUGAAUUGGACAGAUUAAAACAAACCUUGAAAAGACAACAGGCCCAAACCAAACGUCUCAGAGAUCAACUAUCACAAGCCAAAGAAGCUAACAACGUGAAUCUAGAAGAGCUUCUGGAAGAGAUUGGAGCGCUGAGAGAGACUCUUCUACAGCAGAAUAACUUCCUGUCCAGUUUAGGAGAUCCCCUGCCAAACACAGGAUGUUGGCACUAUGUCCCGCCAAAUCAAAAUGCCCCUAGUUUUGGAUCUCAGGGCACACAAGACUCAGGUCUGGGCUCUGUGCACCCACAGUCCCCUGAGAGAGGUCGGCGGUCCUGCCACAGAGCACACAAAGAGAGAAAGCCUGUUAAUGGAGGAUACUGGGUCUAUUCCCCCCAUCCACACACUCAUGGAAAGAGAGAUGCACAGAUGUUCAGAGACAGUGGAGGAGAGAGCGAUAUAGAGGGGGUGUCUGGGACACGCUUCACUCCUCCAUCCGUCCCUGCUGGAUUCACUCUACCUGAUGGUACUGCUUUUCCUCCUGGUUCAUUUAUCUACAAUCACCCUGUGCCUGGACUUCCUAUUGGCUCAAGUACAGUCCUGUAUGGGCCGCCCCCUGAUGGAGCCAGGCUCAUGUAUGGACCUCCUCCCAGCAAUCUGACUAUUCCUCUGGUGCCCAGUGGGACACUGCACUGUAAUGUGCCUGGACAUCAGGACUUGGAGCGUGAUCUGAUGAAGGCAGAGCGUAGGCUGAAAGAGGAGUACGCUGAUAGAGCUCACAUUGAUAAAGAACAGGAAGCACAUCGAGAAAAAACAGCAGACCUACAGAAGGAAAUCAAACGUCUGCGCAGGACUGUCCACACACUGCAGCGCCACAUGAGUGGGCUGAAAGGCUCCUUAUCACAUGCAGAGGAGGAGCAGUGUGUGCUUGGAGAGGUGGAGUGUGUGGAGAAGACCCUGCUGAAGCGUAAAGCAGAACUCAGAGAGGCUGACAGGCUGCUGCUAGAGGCUGAGACAGAGCUCAAGGACACUCGAGCCAAGACUAAAGAGAGCGUACAGCGCUACAGUGAUGCCAGGAGGCGAGUGGAAGAGACCGAGCGAGAGCUGGUGGAGAUGGAACAGAGAGCUCAAGAUGGCGCCACACAGCUGGUGCAAACCAAACAACAGCACAGGAAUCUUCAAGAGGAGGUUAAGGAGCUGCAGAAAAGAAAACAGGAGCAAGAACGCACUCUACAUGAAGUAGAGGAGGUCCUCGCAUGUCAAGAUGAAAAGUUUCAAGAAGUCAACAGAAAGCUCGAGAGAGUGACUGACAGACUAGUAAGUGCUGAGAAAGAGCUCAGAGAGACACAGAGCCUGGAGGUCAAACUCUUGCAGAGCUGCAGAGAGACAGAAGACUGUCUAGCACAACGCAAAACAGAACUGGACGAAGUGAGCCAUCAGGUAGUGUUGCAGCAGGAGAAGCUCUCUUUGCUGGACAGGAAGCUGGAGCAGUGGAAAAAGGAAGAGGAUGUGUUGAAAAUUAGUGUGGAGAAACAUAGGCAGGGCCUGUUGGAUGUGCUCAGACAGGGAGAGGAGGAUGCCCAACUUUUACACCAGCGCAUUCAGGAGCUCCGUGUGGACGUGCAGUCUCUGGCCGUGCAGAAGGGAGAACUGGACUCUCAGCUGUCUGAGAAGAAUAACAGACUGGCACAAUAUAAGAAAGAGCAGCAGAAGGAGGAGGAAACACUGCAGAAUCUCCAUUCAGCCAUUAAAAAACAUAAAACAGAGCUGAAGCGUGUGUUGGAAAUGGUUCAGCUGGAGACUGGGGAACUAGAGGCUGUAAAGCUUCAGCAUACCCAGAAAGAGGACCAGAUAGAGAGGAGCCAGGAAACCCUGCUACAGGUGCGUGUAGAACUGCAGGGCGUGCAGCAGGAGCUACAGGAGCAGCGUGGCGAGACUGAGAGACAGAUGAACCUGCUGGAGAAAGAGAGAGCAGAGCUGCACAGCCUACAACAGAAGAGCCUCCACCUGCAACAGCAAACAGACACAGCAGUCCAAGAGAGGAGCAGCCUGCAGGAACAGUGCAGAAAGCUGGAGGCCAGACGGACACAUGCUCAGAGGUGUUUGGAAACAACAGAAACGAGGGUGAGGACUGCAGAAACAAAGCUGUUUAGACUACAGACCGAGCUGGACAAACUACAACAGGACCAGAAACACACACACGAUAAGAAUCAAGAGAUCAUCAGGGACACGACUGUCCUACAGCAGCAGCAUGAGGAGGAGUUGAGCAGAUUGAAGAAACAGCUGGUCGAAUCCCAAACUCAGUUAGAUGAGAUCCGAGAGGAGGUUAAGGCUGCGAGAAGGCAGCGGGAAGAGCUUGUGAAGCAACAAAAGGAGCAAAAGGCUGAACUGCAGGAGAAAGAGGAGAAGAUCAGGAGGAGACAACAGAAGCUGGACGGACUGGGUCAACAGCUGCAGGAGCUCAAGGCUGAAGUAGUCACGAAACAGACACAGCUUCAAGAGCAUGAGAAGCUGAUGAGAGUGCAGGCAGUAGAGAGCGCUCUGGGCCUCAGGCAGGAGCGCAUGGAGCAGGAAUGCAAACAGUGCACUGCAUUACAAGAGCUGGUGGAGAAACUAGAGCAGGAGGUGUGUGAGCGGGACUCCAGACUGCAGGAGGAUCUGCUGUCUGACAGAACCGGCGCUGAGGCCCAGAGGAACCACAGCCGCACAAACAGACAAAAACUGCAGCGAGUGGAAAAGCUGCGGAGCCAAGAAGAGGACAACACUCAGCUACUUGAGAUUAAGGACAGCGUGUAUUCUCGGAGGUCCCGGGUGAAGGCAGAGCUGGACGAUGGGCUGAAGGAGCUGGAGUCGCCCUCUAGUGCCUCCUCAGACACAGACAGCCUGAAAGAGAACCGUCCUGGUGUCACACUGUCCGUGGGUAACCCCGCAUACAACACUACGGAUGAACAGUGGCGAGGCGAAGCGCUGAGGGAGAGGCUGAGGCAGCAGGAGGACCACUUGAAGGUUCAGCUGCGCAGACGCAUGUUCUCCCAGCAGGAAGCUCUGAGUCAGCGCAGACUGCAGACUGAAGGCAGUAUUCAGGGUCUGCGCAGACACGUCGACAAGCUGGACCAGCUCCUCAGCAACUCCUCCAAAGACUCCUAUUAUUCAGAUGACCAGGAAGCUCUGCCAAAACAAUGCACCAUUGAGCCUUUUGUAUUGACAUGAGCACACGUUUGCAUGUGCAGGAACGUAACCAAGCUGCAAAUAUAAAGGAACUGAUUUCAGAUUGGAAUCAUGAAAGAUUGAGAUUAUAUAAGUAGGUGGUUAAAGGGGAGCACAGAACUUACCAGAGGAGCAGCUCGAUUUAACCCGCUUCUGCCAGAAACAAGCAGUCAGAAACCACUGAGCCAAAUUCACGAGACCGUGGCAGUGACUUCCUGCUUCAGUUACAGCAGAGGCUGGAUGUGUUGCGGUCUCCUAAAUGCCAAAGAAACAAGCUAGCCUCAGCACUUUCCAUAUACAAAUAAGGAAACUUGAGGCAAAAAUAAGAUGGUGAAAGUUUGUUCUCUACCUCCGAUUUGCUCUUGUUGCUUUAUGAAAUUACUUUUAAACAAAUAUGUGCCUUUUCAAGGUUUGCUCAUGUUAAGUAGACGGUGUCUGAAUGUUUACAGGUGAAACAGAUGCAGGUUUCACGUUUCAUCGUGUGACGUCAUUGAUGCAGGCUGUGCUCCGGAGUUCAUUUUUAUGUGACUUAUCAAAAAUGACCUUGUAUUCAAAGCCAAGAUAUGCAGGAUAUUUAUUACAGCACUUUUCUUUAUAUACAGUUUCUCAAAUCAAAUACAAUUAAAAUUAAGUGUGCAAUACAAUUAGUAGCCAUUUUCUCGGUUUCCUCUUCUCAAGAUGUCUCAGCAUUAUUGCUUAUAUACAGUGAUCAAUCGUGUAUGUGGACAAAAACGCAGUCUACAGUAUUGUCUUUAUUAACAUAAUUACAAACAAAAGUCACUUACAGAAGACAGAAUUGAGCAGAAGAUUAAUUUUUGCAGAUGUCAUUAAGAUGUGAAAAAAGCAAGACAGUAGGAGCAAAUUAAAAAUGGAUUGUUCAGUUUA